CUUCGGUCAUGAAAUAUUUCUGCUAUGUAGCAGAUAUCCGCUUUUGUUAGAAAUCGUCUGCUUUGAAGUCUGCAAAUAUGUUGAAACCUGCUAUUCUAAAAAUAAAAAAUAAAUCAGCAAAUAUAGCGGCUUUUAGCAAAACCUGUGUUUAGUUUUCUUGCUGCAUAUUUUGAAUGUGCUGCAUGUGGAUACCACUGUAGGAUUGAAACGUCACCGGCUGUUCUGUUAUUCAUGGUUAAACUAUCUUUGUCGGGUCGUUUCAACAGAAGAAGAUAACCAUGUUUCUUGUGAAGGCAACUUAAAAACAGUUCGAAAAAUACAUAGCUCUCUUAUGUAUGGAGAAAACAUGGGAAACACAGAAGAUCGGUUGAACAGCAGUAUGGAUGAAGAAAAGUACAGAACACUGGCGUAUGACACAGCGUUAAGUACUUUACUGGCAGUUGUGGUAUACGUGAUGGUGAAAGUGAGUUUAGAUGGAAUCAGGCAGUGGAGGGCACGAGUCUCGGUUCUGGUCGUGGGUUCUGGUCCGGUAGGACUGACCGCUGCCUUAGUCGCUGUCCGCUCUGGGAAGGUGCUGAAACUGACUGUACUGGACGAACGCUAUCGGACUGCUCUGCUGUGCAGACCCCAGCAAAUCGCUUUGGACCCCCGGAGCGUGAAGUUUCUACUCCGGCUGGGGGUCGAUUUUGACAACAUGGAAGGCUGCUGGCACAAUGACCACUUCUUCACUAAGAUUGGGGUAUUUCAAGAAUAUCUUUUGAGCAUUUUGGAGCACAAGAAACAGAAGGUUGAUAUCAAGAUCAACCUGGGCACAAAGUUCACAGAAGAUUAUCUAAAGAAGAUCCCAGCGCAGGACUGGCCCCGGAUCAUCGUCGUGGCAGAUGGCUCUUGCGGGGAAUCCUGCUCUGUUCUUGGGAUCAGCUCGGACUACAUUGUGGAAUCCUGUAAUGCCUAUGGAGCCAAUGCAGCCAUAGAGAGACUUGAUCAGAGACAGGUUCCCACCCCUGAGAUACGGGCUCACAGCUUGUAUUUUGAUCUCUCUGCCUAUGGGGUUGACCUGUUUGCUGGAGGGAAAGACCCACAGAACUCACAACAGGCACCGGUGAAGCCAGGAUUCCAUCUAAAAAUCUAUGGAACAUUCCGCAAUCGAUACAUGGCAUUAGCUUGUCCUGCAUCUGACUCCAGGGUGGUCCGCUUCCUACGUCACACUGCAAACGCAUCGAUCAUGAAGAACAUAUUCCACCAAUCUUUCAACGCAUACAAGACAGACAUUGAGGCCAGAGUUAAUGACCUGACGUUGCAUCACCUGCAGUGCAGUCGCAGGCUCUUUGAGAUCAUGCUGUCUCACAGGAGGAUCAACGCGGCGUACAUUGAGGGCGACAAUGUUGCGGUUACAAUCGAGGGAGAGGCAGUCAGGGUGUUGAAUUUCGACACAGGCUAUGGCGUUAAUUUGGGUUUGAGAGGACUUGAGUCCCUGGAGACAUUCAUUUAUAAAACCGCUACCGCCUUGGACCAGAACGACGUAUUUGAGGCGCUUUCUGCAAAAAUACAGCAUUCCAAACAGGUGGCAGAGAACUUCAGACAGACUGGACUCGCCACAACAAUGUUUGAAUAAUGCUUCACAAGGUUGUUGGGGAAGUUGUCUACUGAAGAAAGAUCACUACAGAGUUACAGACAUUGAAAGCACAGUGGUUGCAAAGGAUCAUUAUAAUGCCAGUUAAGGAAAGGCCCCAUUGUAUCAAUGUUUACACAGUCAGGCUAUAUUGUAUUGAACUACAGAUAUCACCAGCUGUAGAUGACUUGUUAAUAAAACAUGUUUUAUUCCUGUUGAUAUUCAUCAUGAUCCCCCAAAAAUAUGGUGGUGGAUUUUUUCACUGCUCUUUUGUAAUUGCUAUUCUGUAAUGAAAUGUUCUAGUGUAAUGCACCAGGCACACAUUACAGAAGUGCAGUGUUUUGUGUUUUGCUUUCCAUUCAUUUAAACCAAAUCUUUUGAACACUGAUCAAUCAAUAUAUAUUACAGCAAUAGUAAAUCAUGUUUAAAAUAGUUGUGCAAUAUGCAAUCCAUAGUGGCUGCUGACCCCAGUGGUCACAAUUAAUCAAUCCUUAAGUGAAAUAUAAACAGGGAUAAAACUAGCAAAAUAAAUAGAUAAAUAAAUAAUAGGAGCUCUUAAAAUAUCCUCCUCAA